CGAGCACUCUUUUUCUAUCCCGAUAUUUUGUCAUUUCUUGCGACCUUAUUCGCGCAAGAGAGUAUACCCCUCGCCCAUCUACCCAAUCGACGAAAUUCAUCACAAUGGCCACCUUCACCACAACGGGCACCGUCUCAAGUCCUCUCGACCUCUCCAAAGUCCAGGGAGAACAUGCCAACGUCAGCUUGUCAUCGAACAAGAAGAACGUUCAACCUGCUGUCAAGGUCACCCUCACUAGCUUGACCCCUCACAAUUCUGGCACAUUACGAAAAAUCAACUCCGUUGUCAUCCCCAUCGUAUACUCGGAUAGCUUCUACAAGGCCAUGCUGGAUCCGACCCUGGAUGAUGUCAACAAGCUCAUCUAUUACGCCGAUAUCCCUGUCGGCGCGAUUUGCUCCAAGUUUGAUAACCUCAAGAAGGGCUCCAAGGAACCUCCCACUCUUGUUAUUUUGACCCUGGCCAUCCUCGCCCCCUACCGAUCCCUUUCGCUCGGCACCUCUCUCCUCCGCCACGCCCUCCACGCUGCUCUCCACCCCCCGGAACCUUCGGCCCCCGCACCGUCGGACAAAAAGACCAAUACCCGAGCUCAGUUGGCCAAGCCCGAGGCUAGGCCGUCCGUCAACAGGGCGCUCGCGCAUGUGCAGGUCGGAAAUGAGGGGGCAAAGAAGUUCUAUGAAAGAUUGGGAUUCAAGGAGACUGGCAUCGAGGAUAAUUACUAUUCCAAGAUGGAGCCCCGAGGAGCUAUCUUGAUGGUUUGUGAGGACAUUGCGGCCGCCCUCGGAGAAGCUUCUAGCAAUAGAGCUUGAUUCUCAUAUGGUCUGCCGUCUCAGAGCAUGCCCGCCAUCUUGUCAUCGCCUGGCAUCCAAAAUUAGCACUUUUUCGGAUACCAGAAUGCAUCUGCGCAUUAGGAUAGCUUGCCCAAGGCCUUGCAUUGCUCAGAGCAGGCUGCAUAUCACCAAACGUCCUCUCAAACGCGUACAUGUAUUUUCCAGGUGUCCUCUUAGCAACCAAUCGAAUUUUGACGUAAAAAAAAGGAGAGGCAAGGCUAGUCAAACAAAAGUCAAAAAGAA